UGUACAUAUACUGUGCUCUAACCUCCUUUCUCUCUACUUUCCUUCUUUCUACAGAUAAAGCAGCCAUUUCAACCUGCUCUGAGAACCAACACGAUGGCACUGUUCCCAGUGUUGCUGUUCCUGAAUGCUGUCUUGCUUCCGUUCUUUCCUGCAAAUGGACAGGGGUUAUUCUUUGGGAAUACACUGAAUCUGUGGGAUAGGAAGAUAACUUAUCCCAGAGUGCCAUAUCUGAUGGGUGAGAUGGUAUCUCAACCCAUUGUGCCAUACAUGAUGCAAAGGAAGGUAACUCAACCCAUUGUGCCAUAUGUGAUGGAAGGGAAGGUAACUCAACCCAUUGUGCCGGAUCUGAUGGAGGGGAAGGUAACUCAACCCAUUGUGCCGGAUCUGAUGGAGGGGAAGGUAUCUCAACCCAUUGUGCCGGAUCUGACAGAAGAGAAGGUACUUCAUACCAAUGCACUGAAUUUGAGGGAUGAGAAGGAUCCAGCCUUUACUGCUUUGUUAACCACUCAAACACAAGUGCAAAGAGAGAUUGUAAAUAAACACAAUGAACUGAGGAAAUCGGUCUCUCCACCUGCCAGCAACAUGCUAAAGAUGGAAUGGAGCAGAGAAACAACAGCAAAUGCCCAAAGGUGGGCAAACAAGUGCACACUACAUCACAGUAACCCAGAAGAACGAAAAACCAGUACAAAGUGUGGUGAGAAUCUCUAUAUGUCAAGUUACCCUACUGCCUGGCCAGAUGCAAUUCAAAGCUGGUAUGAUGAGGGCAACAAUUUCAUCUAUGGUGUAGGACCAACAAGUCCCAGUGAAGUUGUUGGACACUAUACCCAGGUUGUUUGGUACUCAUCUUACCGUGUUGGAUGUGGAAUUGCCUAUUGUCCCAAUCAAGACCGUCUAAAAUACUACUAUGUUUGCCAAUACUGUCCUGCUGGUAAUGAUGUGGCUAAAAUUCAUACCCCUUACCAACAAGGGGCACCUUGUACCAGUUGCCCUGGUAACUGUGACAAUGGACUAUGCACUAAUAGUUGUGAGUAUGAAGAUCUCUUUAGUAACUGUGGUUUCUUGAAGACAACAGCUGGCUGUAAAAGUGAAUUGCUUAAGAAAAAAUGCAAGGCUACUUGUCUAUGUGAAAACAAAAUUUACUGAAAUGCCCAGUGGAUUCUGCAGGUCUAAGUGGGGAAAGGCUGCAUCAUUUAAUUGACAACAUACCAGAGGAGGAAUUGUAGCAUGCUAGUUACAAAUAUGAUUCCAAAGAGCCAUGCAUCUUCUCCUGGAUUUUUACUGAAAUCUCUUUCAUACAGUGAUUUACAAAAGCAAAGUAGUCUAUGAUAACAACCUUGGACUUUGAUACAGAUUUAGUCUUUUCAACUUAAUGAAUUGAAUCAAGUUGAGGACUUUUAAACUUAUAUAACCAAAAGACUUUGGUCACUAGAAUUUUAAAGUGGAGAAUUACAAAAUUACACUCCAAAAAAAUAAAAAGAACUGUAACAAAAAUGAAAGAGUAACAUCAUUAUCUUCUGCUACAUGAUUUUUUACCUGCAUAAAGAAUGAAUUCAAAGAUUGACCCCUUACCUUUGUGUUAUGACCUCCUUUUAAACAGAAGUAAUCAACUUUUAGAAAUAAAGAACUCAUCAAAGCAA